AUGUCAGACUCGUACAACCAGUAUCCGCCCUACAACGCAGCAGGCCCUAAUGGCGGGGCAGCCUUCUAUGGGACCCCAGACUCCCCGCAUACUCAGGCUCAGCAAGCAUAUGGGUCGUACCAUUCUCAGCACGGUUUGAGCCAGGAGCCUAGGCAGUAUCAGAAUCAACCUCCUCAGCCGCAGAAACACUUCCUGAGUCCCUCCGAUGCACUGAGGUACGAAUAUGGCCCGGGGAAUGGCCAGGUAGGAUCGAAUUACGAGGGUAGUGGUCGCCCAGGAAGUAACGCUGAGUAUUACACCCAGACGCGGAUAGAAGCUCUUCUCGGAGACGGCGCAGACGAUCGCAUGCCUCUGGCGAUGCAUCGGAAGGGAGAUCGCGAUCGAGAGCGCGAUCUAGAUCCAAAGACCGAGCGUCCGGGAACGAGCGUGAUCUGGCAGGGACGCUGCUGGGGACUGCUUCCGGAUACUAUCUGGGACACAAAAAAGAGCACGGUUUGCUUGGUGCACUGGGUGGCGCGCUCUUGGGGAACUUCCUCGGUGACCAAGUCAAGGACCAUAAACAGCAUGGGGAUGAUCAUCAUAAGCGCCAUCACCACCACCGCCAUCACCACGGACAUCACAGUCACUAUGGUCGUAAGCACCACAGUCAUCGGCAUCAUCGUAGCCGCUCGCGACAUAGUACGCACAGUGGAGGAUCUCGAGACUGAGCUGUAA